AUGGCUCCUGCAUUCGACAGUCUGGUGCGGUCCUGCUAUGUGCUGGAGCAGGGCGAUAGAGAGUGGCGUGUGAUCGGCAUCUUCAUUCGGCUGGCCGCCAUCUAUCGGCUGACCCCCGAUGGGCUGCCCCUGGUGCUGUCAGUGGCUCACCUACACAGCAAGUCGGCCUUUGAUUCGCUGCCGCUAGCUAUAGCCAUCUAUCGGCUGAUCGGACAUCAGCUGACGCACAGAGGACAGCGCCUGGCGCUCCAGCAGGCCGCCAACGGAGAGUAUCAGAUUGCGCGGGUUCCUGGCACAUUCCGUGUGGUGUCUUACGCUGAGCUGCCGGCCAAUCACCGCUACGCUGAGGGGUACCAGAGGACUGAUCCUGUCAUCCGCCGACCACAAAUGGGAGGGUGGCUGUACUCCUCGUUUUCAGCGUUUCUCCUGAACUGCCUGGUGACAGUAUGGCAUCGACAGAAUGGGGUGACAGAGAGGAUGGUGGUAUCGGGAUUUGUCGGCCGUCAAGACAGCCGGUAUGUCUCGCUGCUCACUGGUAGUGUUGCUGAAGAGGAGGGCAUCGUAGUGGACUCGCGCGUCGAUGGCGGCAACGUCAACUGGGAUCAUGUGACCGACUCGCGUGUCAUUAUCAUCGGUGGGUAUCGGGCCGGCGAUGCUGUUGCUGCCUCCGUGUCGGUGGGCCACGGCGAUGUCGGUCUGUAUACGACAGAGAUGCUCGCCGGUGCAUCGGCUCCGUUGGACGCCCGUUUCCCCGUGCUGAUGGAUCGAGCCCGUAGGUUGCUGAGACGGUUCAAUCUGGAGAAUGGCGUUAUUAGUCGUGGUACUGUGAUGGCUUGAUUGUCCUGACUGUUUGUCGUGCUGACGGCGAGAGAGGGGGAUACCAUGUUGUCGAUAUGGGAGGCUGGUUGGAAGUGAGCAAGACGUCUGUAGCUUGAUGAGGGUGGUAUUUGUAGGUUGUGGCACUGGUAUCGGCUUGAUAUGAUGCAUCCAUGGACAUGAUGGCAUUUGGCUUCAAUCGUUGCCAUGGACGUUCAA